UUCCUUUAGAGUACGCUCACCCUGUUGUUAAGGGGAAGUAAUGUCAGCGGAAAUGGGUUUGGCAUCUCCAGGGUGACGCUGAGAGUUCCGAUUGUUCUGUGGAAACACAAUGGAGCAGAAGUGAUCCUUUGCAAAAUAUCCACACACACACGUCUGCAGGAAAGAGCUUAGGAUUUUCAAUAUAAACACAAACUCACUGAUACACGGACAGGCAUUCAUCGGUUUUUAUUUUUUUGCGGGAAAAAUAUAAAAAAAAAAAAUAUUCAACAAGGAUUCAAUUAACUGCUGUGUGCUGAUCAAUGGAGUUCCCUUUCGAUAUCAAUUCAUUUUUCGGCGAUCGGAUUUCGGUCCUCGACCAGAACCUUACGGCAACUCGUAAAUGCUGGGGCAGGGCUGAUUUUCAGCAUCAGAUGGCGACUGUUAUAGACGAGCUAGGGAAGGCUUCUGCCAAGUCCCAGCAGUUACAAGCCCCCAUCACCAGUGCGGUCAAGAUGCAGGCCAGUCGGCAUCACUUGUAUGUGCUCAAGGAUGGAGAGGCCAACAAUGGUCGAGGAGUUGCGAUCGGGUUCCUUAAAGUUGGCUACAAGAAACUUUUUGUUCUGGAUCAUGACGGUGCACACAAUGAAGUGGAGCCGCUGUGCGUGUUGGAUUUCUACAUACACGAGUCCUUGCAGAGGCAUGGAUAUGGCAAGAGGCUAUUCAAUCACAUGCUGGAGAAUGAGCGAGUGGAGGCCCAGCUGCUGGCCUAUGACCGACCGUCUCAGAAAUUCCUCUCCUUCCUCAGGAAGCACUAUGGGCUUGCUGCUUCUGUCCCACAGGUGAACAACUUUGUGGUGUUUGAUGGCUUUUUCCGAGGAAGAUCCGUUGAAGCCAGGAAAUUACCUCCUAAAAGAAAGGAUGGGGAGAUUAAACCCUACUCCCUCACUGAUAGAGAGGUCCUGAAGGAGGAGGAGAAGGGGCUGCCUUGGCCGUUCAGCCAGUCUCCCUCUCUGACACGUUCUCACAGUGUGGGCUCCUCCCCCAGUCGGCACCCGCCCCACACCUCUCCAUCCGCGGGCCUGCGGGAACCAAGAAUGGAUCAGCCUGGACCGAGACUCCUGAACGGAGACCAGCACCGCAUCUCUGCUGCAGAACUGAGGAGACGCACCAGCCAGCAGGGGAUGGUUGCCAGGAGCAACCUCUACAGCCGCUACAUGAGCCGUGGAACCAGCACACCAUUGCCACGGAAACCCUUGAGCAUGCCCAGACUGCCAGGUUUGGUUGAAACUAAUCAAGAACAGAUCCAGACUACACCAGUUAACCCAGGCCAGACCCAGGUAACAGCAGUGAAUUCAGACCCUGGAAAACCUCAGACUGUGACAGGGAGUGCUAUCCCGGGACAGGAGCAGACUGAGAUAAGGAUUGAAAGGAAAACACAGGGGUCCCCUAGUAUAGCAAAGGUGCCACCAUUGAUUCUCCCAGCCACCAAUCACCAGGACAGAUUGACCGAGUCCCCUGCCAACUACCUCGAACCCCAGACCCCUGGGGCGCCCAGGCUAAAUGAGCAUGAUGAGCUAACAGACCGGGUCACCAAACUCCCACACAAUCAUCUUGAGAGGUGCAAGGCCUGGCUGGACCACAGAAAGCCAACAGCUGUCGACACUGGGGUCCCACCCACGGAGCCCAGCUCCUGGACAGUGCUGGGGCUGCCCAAUACUGCACAGUGGGUGCGACGAAAGCAGGAGUUGAGGAGUACGCGCCCCUGGUGAGGAACAGGGCUUUCUCAGGGCAUUCAGAGAGAGGACACUACUGGGAUAUAUCAAUCUGAAAUAGGCAAACUCUUUUAAAUAGCUGUGUACUCCCAGAAACUCAAAGUUCUUAUUUAUUCACCAGGUUUGACCAAAACCUUGAUGGUCUUCAUAAAAGUGCCUUCAGCAGCACAACCAGGAAUUGAAUUGAGCUGCUGUAGAAAUGAACAGCAGUUUCUAUUACUGCAGGGCUUAUUACUGCUGUAUGUGCUGGAUUUCUUUCCAGCAGGAGAGAGCUGUGAAAACGGGCAGUGAAUCUGUUUGGAGUUUUUACAGGACUUGCUCCUCUCUCAGGUAGGGCUGGACAAAAGGAGCAACUAUCACUGUUCUGAGUUCAUACUGGGCUUUUACUGCCAGAGCCCACUCCUCUACUUUCCAGAACACUGCUGGUUUCUUUCCGAUUGUAUAGCUGCCAGUGGUCAAAGUAAAAGAUGUUUAAGGUACUCAUUGUAUGCCUGGGUAAAACUACUGGCAAAGUGAUGGAAGACAAUAUCUUGUACAUUUCUGAAAUAAUAAAUCAUAAAUCACCGUGAGGCAUGUUG